ACCAGGAAGACACUUGGGAGCAGAUAACUUUGGACAUCCGUAUUUGUGGCUCGUUAUAGACCGGAAUGGCGUCACAUUUCCUGUAAAUGCGCUUUCAGGGUUUCAUUUUGUUGACCGUCCAGUGCUCUCACAUGUCUCUGUGCUCAAUCUUCCAUGUCAUUCAUAGCGCAGGUCACGCCGCUGCCUAGUGGCUCCAUGCUCGUUCCGUCAUCUCACAACCCUAUUCAGCUAUGGCGGGCCGCUCGAAAGACAAGGUGUCCUCGUGAGAAGUGUCAAGCCGUAUAAAUAAUGCUAUUCAUUGGAUGGUUGGGUCAACACCAACUUACAACCCAAUAACCACCUUUACACUCGCUACUCUACACUCACAAUGGGACGCACAGUCACCCAGUAUCGUCUUCCGGACACCUUGGCUAAAUGGCCCUAUCGUCGUCGAUUGAACUUUCAUUAUCUCCCUGUCAAGGCUGAAGCGUCAGCCUGGCUUGAGAGUUUCAAUGCUUUGAGCCCGAAAGCCCAGAAUGCGUUCAACCGCUGCGAUUUCAACCUCUUUGCAGCUCUCUCGUACCCGACGUUUGGCGAAGAUCGAUUGAGGACCGCUUGCGACCUCAUGAACCUUUUCUUUCUCUACGACGAAUACUCCGAUCGGGAGGGAGUCGACGGCAUGACCCAGCUCUCUGCUGAGAUCAUGUACGCUCUCAGAAACCCCCAUGAGCCUCGCAAAGAUGGGAAAUAUAUUGUCGGCGAGAUCUUCAGGCAAUUUUGGGAACGUGCAAUUAAGACCGGUAACCCCAACGCCCACCGCCGUUUUAUCGAAGCUUUCGAUCACCACACUGCGGCCAUGGUCGAAGAGGCUCAUGACCGUAGCAAACAGCGUAUUCGCGACAUCGAAGGAUACCUUGAAGUUCGUCGGGGGACGAUCGGCGCACGCCCUGCAUUCGGGUUGAUCGAGUUCGACAUGAACUUACCUUCCGAGGUUUUGGACCACCCUAUUGUACUUGAACUCGUGGCUGCUGCUACAGAUAUGCUUAGCAUCGGAAACGACAUCUAUUCAUACAACGUCGAACAAGCUCGCGGAGACGACACCCAGAACCUUGUCACCAUCGUGAUGCACGAAAAGAACGUUGACCUCCCCUCUUCUCUCACCUGGAUCAAAGAAUUCCACGACUCACUCGUUUCCACGUUCCUCACCAAAUCGAAGGAAAUUCCUUCUUUCGGAGAAGUCAUCGAUGCCGAGGUCGCGCAGUAUGUGGAAGCGCUGGGGAAUUGGGUCCGGGCUAAUGAUUGUUGGUGUUUCGAGAGUCAGAGGUACUUCGGAACGAAGGGUUUGGAGAUUCAGGAGCAGAGAGUGGUUACUUUGUUGCCGAAGGUGAAUCAGGCCAGUGCUUGAAGACGGAACAGCGUUAUGUUGAUAGACUUAGCGCGACCAUAAAUAUUCUUGUGCAUAUGUAUAGACCGUAGAGCUCAUUACUUCCAGCCUAUUUAUGCUUCCUAUUGGA